AUGACAUCAUCUGUCUCGCUGACAAUGCUGACGUCGGGAGUCAGUCAGUAUUUACACCCGGACUAUCUUCAACCGUUACCUACAACUCUGGACGCAAAGAAAAGUCCACUAGCUCUCCUGGCGCAGACCUGCAGCGCUAUAGGAAAGGACAGCUCCCACUGCAAGUCAGUUGUACUGCCGCUGGAUAAGAAAGACAGCGAGAAGUUGGAUAGAUACUUGGAUUCUGAACCGAGCUCCAAACGACCAAACUCACAUGGAAGCAAAGACUCAGGAAAAGAUUCAAAGCCUGGAUUCAGGACCUUCCCGCCAAAAGAAAUUCCUCCUCUGGUGCCUAAUUCAAGUGCCAACUCUGAAAAAUCGUUGAGGACACCCAGUGUUGAACCCAAACCUUCUACCUCUCCUGGCAGUCUGACCAGUUCUCACGGUUCCUUUCUGUCGUCUAGACCUGUUUCUGCUAGCAGCCAUGGCACAAGUCAACGAUCUAGUUCAAGAAGCAGUAACGGUAGAAACGAAGGCAACGGAAGUGACUAUCAACACAGCAGUCGACAUCAUCAUUCACCACAUCUGCAACAAUGUGAGUCACCAGCAUCCAUGGGUUCCCCUUGUUACCCCAGCACAUCAUGUAUAUCCUUCUCCAAGUCUACAAGUUCCUAUUCCACAUCUGCCAUGCAACAGUCUAAUACAACUAAGCCAUCCAUCAGCCAUUCAUCCGUGUUGGGUGGGAUGGCUGCAUCUCACCUGGCUGGAUACCCUACUCACUUAGGUCUCCUUGGACACGGAUUAGACCCCAACAGCUCCAGCUACCAUGCUGCUGUCACUGCACACUCAGGAAUCAGCAGUUUUGCGGCAGCAGUAGCCCAGUCUUCGGCAAUGAAAGCUGCUGCAGCUGCUGGUGCUUCGACAGGAUUGUCCCCCUUUGUAACAUAUGCAAGGGUCAGAACUCCUUCAGGGGCGACAACUCUGGUACCAGUAUGCAGAGACCCGUUCUGUACAAAUUGCCAGCUGACUGUACAAAACUCACACCUGUCGUCCAACUGUAACUCUCCAGGUUGUUCGCAAUGCGCUCACGAAAAGUCCCUCACCAACUUGUCAGCAGUUGGUUACCCAACAGCCUCAACCAUGUUCCUACCUUCUUUCACUUCUGCCAGUUCCCUGCCGAGCUCACUCUCAGCUCUGUCCUCGCUUCACUCGCUUUAUCCUCACACCGCAUUAGCAGCCGCCCAUCAAGGACUUCCGUACAUCUGCAGUUGGGUCUCGGGAAGCGACUUCUGCGGCAAACGUUUCUCUUCAUCGGAAGAUCUUCUUCAGCAUCUCCGGACUCACACUUCCUCCAUGGAUGUAUCCAGCCUUGCAGCAUCUUACUGUGGACUAGGCCUGCCUGCAAACUUCGCUGCCUACCCUCAUUUAUCAGCUCCCCUGAGCCCCAACUCCAUGAGAAGGACCUACCCCACAAGUGUUAGCCCAGUCAGCAGCCUGCUAAGUGCUCACAGAUACCACCCGUAUAAAUCACCCUUGUCCGGCAUCAACGGCACACCUCCCAACGCCCAGUCCUUCACACCUGUUGGACCCUACUAUUCUCCCUACACCUUGUAUGGACAUAGACUUGGAGCAGCUGCUGUUCCCUGA